AAAUAAACAAAUCAAAAGAUUUUGUUAAAAAUUUAAAAAAUAGAAACCAUGAAAUUGUUAUUAAUAUUUUCCCUGUUAUGUGUGGGAGUUGUGCUGGUAAGAGGAAAAUUAGAAGAAAAAUUCCAUUGGAAGCAAUUGGUGUUCGAUUGGCCCAGCGAGGAGGCUGAAAAGGCGGCGGUAAAAUCGGGUGAAUACGUGGUGGAAAAUAAUUUGCCCUUGGGCUUGGAAAGAUGGAAUAAUAAAUUGUUUAUUACAGUGCCAAGAUGGAAGUCUGGCAUUGCCUCAACUUUAAACUAUGUAGAUUUAAAUUCUAAGGAUAAAACUCCCAAACUUAAGCCCUAUCCCAGCUGGGAGGCCAACAAGGUGCCUACGGAGAAAAUCGAUGAUGGCUUUAAGUUAAGAGAUAAUUCUACCAUCAUUUCCACCUUCCGCAUACAGGCGGAUCACUGUGAUCGCUUAUGGGUAUUAGAUACAGGAUUGGCAGAUAUUUUGGGCGAGGGCAAGCAGGUGACCGACAAUGCUAUAGUAAUAUUUGAUUUGAAAACCGAUAAAUUGAUUCGUAGAUUUAGCAUACCCAAAACACAAAUUAAACAGGACUCAUUUUUUGCCAAUAUUAUUGUAGAUUCCGAUCGUUCGGAGUGCUCUAAGACUUAUGCCUAUGUUCCCGAUUUGGGUGCCUAUGGUGUAGUUGUCUAUUCAUUCCAAAAUGAUCAUUCGUAUCGCGUCAAACACAAUUUCUUCCACUUUGAUCCUUUGCAAGGAGAUUUCAAUGUGGGCGGUGUAAAUUUCCAAUGGACUGAUGGUGUAUUUGGCUUGGCUGUGGGACCCAUGAAUCCUGAUCGUUCUAAAGAUAUUUACUUCCAUGCUUUGGCCAGUACCAAGGAAUUUAAGGUAUCGAAUCGCGUUUUACAAAACGAAACUCUGGCCACCAGUCCCGAUGCUUAUUACGAUUUCAAAUAUGUAGGCGAUCGUGGCAAUAAUGGACAAUCCACAGCUGAAGUUUAUGACAAGGAAACUGGUGUGAUUUUCUACACUCAAGUGAAUAAGGAUGCCAUAGCCUGUUGGAACAUUAAGAAACCCUAUACGGCAGACAAUCAGGGUUUAAUUGAUUCCGAUUCUCAUACUUUGGUAUUCCCCAAUGAUUUAAAGAUCGAUUCGGAUGGCACCAUCUGGGUCUUGUCUGAUAAAAUGCCCACCUAUUUAUAUAAGGAACUGGAUCCGGCUGCCGUCAAUUACCGUGUGUUAAUGGGCAACAAUAAGGAACUGAUUAAGGGCACCACCUGUCAGUUGUAAAUUCUAAAUGAUGCUAAUGAUUUUUUUUAGAGUUAUAAAAUUAUCGUAUUUAGUUUUUAAAUGUUCUUUAAAAUACUUAUUUUUUAAAUAUAAAAACAAUAAAUUAUUGUAAUUUUUUUUUA